GGGUGUGCCAAGACAUGUUUGAAAGUUAGAUUAUUUACAUCUUACACCUCUCAGAAUCACCGCCUCUUUACCCAAUGUCUCCUUGAUAUACAGCAGAAACCAGCAUGCCUGGUAUCGUCCGCAAGAUUCUGAUCUUCGCUGCGCUUGAUGGCUUGGUCUUGCAGCCGUUGUCGCAUAAGGGACAGCGUCCUGCCUCGGCGACCAAAAUCGCAUACAAUGAGGCCAAUAUUGGGCCUGCGUUGAAGCAGCGGGAGGGUGAAGAUGAGGGAAGAUGUUUUGAGGCUUUUGGAAUUGUGGGUGAGUGUUGCCAUGGGGUUUUUGGAGGGGUUUGAUAGUGGGAACGUGCUGGGUGGAGAAGAGCGACCCCGCUGACGUAUUCUCGGUCGAAUAGGAUUGUUGACCGUUUCGAAAACCUCCUUUCUUAUUUCGAUUACGAGACGUCAACAAGUCGCUCAGAUACAAGGGAAGCCAAUUUAUGUGAUUACCGAGGUGGCCGUUACCCCACUUGCUUCUAGAGCAGAAGCCAGCGCCUCGAUCGAACAGACCAAGACUGCAUUGCAGAAAGGUGCCGUCGAUGGACAUGAGCUGGACGAACCGGAUAGUGAGGAUGAAGACGACGGAGCUAGAGGAGGCAGCGAUGAUGUCGAUGACCAGGAAGCACAACCUGUGGUGAUGAACUCUAGCUCGAAUGGGCAUAAGAUGACAAGUAGUGUUGCAGAGGAUGUGAUCUCCAAGAAGGGUGGCUAUGGAAGAUUUGCCAAGGAGUGGUUUUCGAAGAAAGGAUGGACUGCCGACCAGAGACGAAACCUCGGAAUGACUGCAUCAGAAGAUCAGAAUGCAGCCCUAAAGACGGGUGAAAGCGAGGCAGCUACGCCCAUAGGCAGUGAUGCCGGCGAUCAGAUUGACAAGAAUGAUGUUUUGGACGAGUCUGGCAAGAGAGCCAAAGAAGUUGCCGGCGCCCUAGUACCAAAAUUACUACGAACGGCGCAGUUAUACUUUGGCUCUUCGCGGAGUUUCUACUUUUCUUAUGAUUAUGAUCUUACUCGAAGUUUUCUGAAUCGUGGAGAGGCCGCCAAUACGGAGCUACAUCUCCAUGAGACGGCCGAUCCGCUGUUCUUCUGGAAUCGACAUAUUGUACAGCCUUUUGUGGAUGUUGGGCAAGGUCCUUUGGUUUUACCUCUCCUACAAGGAUAUGUCGGACAAAGGGAAUUUCAGAUGGAUAUAGAUCCCCCACAACCAAUUUUGGUUCUAGAUGGCGCUGAAAAGUGCUCUAUGGAAAUGAGGGAUUUGUCACCUCGAAUGUCCCAAGAAGGCAGAAUUCCAGACGUGGAUGGUGCUUUUGGGAACUUGAGGUAUCGAAGCAAAAGCCCGAUCAGACGGGAUACAAUGAAAUCGUUUUCAUUAACUUUGAUAUCCCGGCGAUCAGUGAAACGUGCUGGCCUCAGAUAUUUGCGACGAGGGGUAGACGAGGAUGGUCAUACUGCUAAUAGUGUUGAAACAGAACAGAUAUUAGCAGAUUCGGAGUGGAAUUCGACAAGCAAAGUUCACUCGUUUGUGCAGUUGCGAGGCAGCAUACCCAUUUUCUUUUCACAAACACCGUAUUCAUUCAAACCAGUUCCCCAGAUUCAGCACUCUGUAGAAACAAAUUAUAAGGCAUUUAACAAACAUUUUGACAACAUAUCCGCACGGUACGGCCGUGUUCAGGUGGCUUCACUAGUCGAGAAACACGGCCCUGAAGCUAUUGUUGGCGAACAGUUCGAAAAGUUUGCCACUCGGCUAAAUGAGUCAGGAGGGAUAGGCGAAUCGAAGGUUAAGUUUGAAUGGUUUGAUUUUCAUUCAGCUUGUCGGGGCAUGAAGUUUGAAAAUGUAAGUUUACUUAUGGAUAGUCUCGGAGAUCAACUUGAUGAAUUUGGAUUUACGGUGGAGGCCAACGGCGUCCAAACAUCAAAACAAAGUGGCGUUUUAAGAACCAAUUGUAUGGACUGUCUCGAUCGAACGAAUGUAGUCCAAAAUUACAUUGGAAAACGAGCACUGGAACAGCAGCUCAAAGAUGAGGGUAUCGAUUUCAGUCUUCAGGCCGACCAAACGAAUCAAUGGUUCAAUAUGUUAUGGGCGGAUAAUGGUGAUGCGGUAUCUAAACAGUAUGCUUCAACUGCGGCUAUGAAAGGCGAUUUUACUCGUACACGGAAACGAGAUUAUAAAGGGGCUAUAACGGACAUGGGUCUCUCGAUAUCAAGAUUCUACAGCGGGUAGGUUGCCACAUAAACAAGCUUACGUUUCAUUCGCUAAUUCCUUCACAGCAUCGUGAAUGACUUCUUCAGCCAAGCAGCAAUCGACUUCUUUCUCGGGAACAUGUCAAGUUUAGUCUUCAAUGACUUCGAAUCUAACCUCAUGUCUCGAGAUCCAGCCGUAUCCAUGCAAAGGAUGCGUCAACAAGCCAUAGAAGCCUGUCAAAAACUCGUCAUAGCGGAUGAAGACGAGGAAAUGAUCGGUGGAUGGACAUUACUCACUCCCAACGUGCCCAAUACCAUUAAAUCCUCGCCCUUUGAGGAGUCAAUCCUGCUCCUCACCGAUUCAGGACUUUACUCCUGUCGUUUCGACUGGAACAUGGAGAAAGUCUCCUCCUUUGAGCGUGUUUCUCUCGAUCAUAUCAUGGGGAUCAAGUACGGGACGUAUAUCACAUCAACCCUGACCGCCUCCCAAGCCGACGAAGCACAGAAUGUGGGAUUUGUGAUCACCUACAAAGUCGGCAAGAACGACAUUACACGUAUCAAUACACGCUCCAUGGCGAACGUUGCCCGUCCCGAAGUCGAUUUCCUAGGUCUGAAUGCCGCCUCUGUGCCCGCGCCGUUGGCUACUGGUAUCGCAGCGUUGAUCGGCCGUCCGCAAUCGCCAGCGGAUAGGGUCCUCGCGCUGAAGGCUCUGUACACCCGCUCGGCCGUGUCCAAGGAUGCGGACGCCACCCAGGGGAAUGCGAUGAGUGAGCUGGAGCAAGUCACGGGUAUCUGUGAGGAGAUUGAGAGGAUGAUUCGUGCUGGGAGGGUCGUUGAGGUGGGGAAUGAGAGGGAGAGGGAGGGCUUGGUGGAGAGGGGGGAGAUUAUCAGUCUAGCUGAAGCGCGGAAGUCUACGGGGUUGUUGGAGCAGCUGGGACAUAGCUUUAAGAAACUUAUUUGGGCGUGAGUGGGAGGUUGGAGUGGUAUUCUUUGUUCUCCUGCCUCUGUCUCCUAUUCUGAAGAAAUUGGACUGCGGUACUUCACGUAGUACAUACAGGGAGGAAGGGUAAGUGAGAGGGAGAGCUUCUGUUACCGCAGCCGAGGACUGAUGAAGAGGGGAUUGAGGCGCGAAGUGGGUUGUGUAGUGUACAUAAUUGUGGAAUAGAAAUAAUAUAUACCCC